AUGCAGAGCUUCCUGAAGCUGCUGAGGGAGAGUGGGGGCGCUGGGCCACCCCUGGCGGAGCUGGUGACUCUUGCAGGCAGGCUGUGCCGAGACCUCCAGGAUGACCCCGCCCAGGCGCAGCCCUUGGUCACAGCCGUGUUGGACAGUCAGCUCCGCCUGCACCUCUUGGACAAUGCGGACGUGGCCUUCGUGUGUGCCCGGGUGCUGGACCAGCAAGAGCAGCACCAGGCUGCCUGCCGGGUGCUGGAGGGUUGCCGUGUGCCCGGGGGCAGCCAGGAGCUGGUCCAGCUCUGGAACGACAUUCACUACCAUCUGGUCAUGAAGCGGCUGGGCGUGGCUGUGCUGACCCCAGUGCAGAAGUUCCGCUGCAGAAAGAGAAACCCACCACCCCUCUCCCUCUGCCCUGAUGGCCUGAAGAGCCGAAACUUUCCCAGAGAGGUUCGCCGGAAGCUGCACGACUUUGCCUCGAGCGUGAGCACCAACCCCAGCAAGGCUGAGCGGGAGAACCUGGCCUUGGAGACGAGCCUGACCGUAGAGCAAGUGUACAACUGGUUUGCCAAUUACCGGCGGCGCCAGAGGGCCCUUCUCCAGCGCCUGGAGCCAGCGCCGGAGGACACAGUAGAGGACCCCAGUGUGAGGGAGAGGGGUCCGGACCGCCCCCAGCCCUCAGACCACCCCCACCUUGGCUCUGGGUGUGUGGACAGGCCUCAGUGGCCAGCAGGACAGGAGGAAAAUGGGCCUGCACAAUCCAGAGAGACCGCCCAAGGGCCGUGGGAGUCGCUGGCCCUGGCCCCGGACUUUUCUGGAGAUGAGACUAUGCCAAAGCCAUUGCCUCCCAGGUCUCUGCAGGGUGGUGAGAUGUACCAGGAGGGGCCUGGCCACGAUCCUGUCACUCUCCCUGCCAUCUGCCCAGGCCCUGGCGUCUGUCCUCUGGCUGCUGGCAGUGACAUGCUAGACCCUUCUCUGGCUGCCCCUGAGUCGUGGCUGAUGUCUCUUGCACUGGCGUCCUCCAGGGAAGUUUCCUUCCAGACCGGGCAUCUGGUUCACGGGCCUGGGUUGGACUUCAUGAUGCGCCCUGCAGAUGCAGCUGUGGCUGUGUCCGUUACUGCUCUGGGUGAGCCCAGCUCCACAGGAUUCGCUGACCCACCUGUUGGCAAUCCGCAGAGCAUGUACCUGGAGGAAGGUCCGGGCACUGGCGGUGGUCAAGAAGAACAACAGGCUGGCGGCUUCCAGGUGACACAGCCCCCGCCACAGCCUCCUGAAUUCAUCCUGACCCAGAGCCCCCUGGAGUUGGCUCCGGACCCCUCUUUCUCCAGCCCUAUGUCUGCUCUGGACCUGAGCCAGCCCUUGCCCUCCAGCCAGGUGCAGUGGCCCGAUGGCCAGGCCUCUAGCGAUGCCUUCUGGGGAGCCCGGAUGCUCCUUGAGCUUUCAGGGGGUAGCCUGGGUUGAGAGAUAUCCUUUGGGGUAUCCAGCCAGUGCCCUGGGGAGCAGAUGUGGACAUCCAGC